AUGAGUGAUCCAGAACCCUGCAGAAUGAAACACACUGAAGAUACUGAAGAACAAAGAGAGCUGAUGGAAGUGAAGGAGGAGAGUGAAGAACUGAGUGAAGUGGAGGAGGAACAUCAUGACAAACCUGGAGAAAAACCUUUGAGUCGCUCAAAGACUAAAAAGACAUUUUUAAAGAAAAGAGCCAAGAAAUCUACAACCUGCACUCAGUGUGGAAAGAGUUUCUCAACCAAACAACAUCUUGAGAUUCACAUUAGAGUUCAUAUAGGAGAGAAGCCGUUCACAUGUGAUCAGUGUGGGAUGAGUUUCACACAAAAAGGACAUCUUAAGAGGCAUAUGAAAGUUCACACUGGAGAGAAGCCGUUCACAUGUGAUCAAUGUGGGAAGAGUUUCAGUCAAUCAGCAAACCUUAAAGCACACAUGAGGAUUCACACAGGAGAGAAGCCACACACAUGCGAUCAAUGUGGGGAGAGUUUCUCAACCAAACAUAGUCUUGAGGUUCACAUGAGAGUUCACACAGGAGAGAAGCCAUUCACAUGUGAUCAGUGUGGAAAGAGUUUCACACAAAAAGGAGGUCUUAAGGAACACAUGAAAGUUCACACUGGAGAGAAGCCACACACAUGUGAUCAAUGUGACAAAUCAUUUCUAGGGUCAUCAAACCUGAAGAGACACCUGAGAGUUCAUACAAAGGAGAAGCCACAUUCAUGUUCUGUGUGUGGAAAGAGUUUUUCACAGCUGCAAUAUUUAAAUGAACAUGAGAAAACACACACUGGUGUGGGAGAGUACAUGUGCUUUGAGUGUGAGAAGACUUUUACUACAGCAAACGGUUUAAAACUGCACCAGAGAAUUCAUACUGGAGAAAAACCUUACAAGUGUUCACACUGUGACAAGAGAUUCAGUGAUUCAUCAUCUCUGAAAAGACAUGAGAUGAUCCACACUGGAGAGAAACCUUACAAGUGUUCACAGUGUGACAAGAGAUUCAGACGGUCAGGACAUCUUAAGAUUCACAUGAGAGUUCAUACAGGAGAGAAGCUGUUCACAUGUGAUCAGUGUGGGAAGAGUUUCACACGAAAAGGAGAUUUUAAGGAACACAUGAGGAUCCACACUGGAGAGAAGCCGUUCACCUGUGAUCAGUGUGGGAAGAGUUUCACACGUAAAGGACAUCUUAAGGAUCACAAGAGAGUUCACACUGGAGAGAAGCCACACACAUGUGAUAAAUGUGGGAAGAGUUUCACACGAAAAGGAGGUCUUAAGAGGCAUAUGAAAGUUCACACUGGAGAGAGACCGUUCACAUGUGAUCAAUGUGACAAAACAUUUCUAAGGUCAUCAGACCUGAAGAGACACCUGAGAGUUCAUACAAAGGAGAAGCCACAUUCAUGUUCUGUGUGUGGAAAGAGUUUUUCACAGCUGUGUAGUUUACAAAAACAUGAGAAAAUACACACUGGUGUGAGAGAGUACAUGUGCUUUGAGUGUGAAAAGACUUUUACUACAGUAAACCAUUUAAAACAGCACCAGAGAAUUCACACUGGAGAAAAACCUUACAAGUGUUCAUACUGUGACAAGAGAUUUAGUCAGUUAUCAAAUCUGAAAACACAUGAGAGGAUCCACUCUGGAGAAAAACCUUACAAGUGUUCAUACUGUGACAACAGAUUCAGUCGGUCAGAACAUCUGAAAACACAUGAGAGGAUCCACACUGGAGAAAAACCUUACAAGUGUUCACACUGUGACAAGAGAUUCAGUCAGUCAUUAUAUCUGAAAACACACGAGAGGAUCCACACUGGAGAAAAACCUUACAAGUGUUCACAGUGUGACAAGAGAUUCAGUCAGUUAGCACAUCUGAAAACACAUGAGAUGAUCCACAGCACAGAGAAGCCACACACGUGUGAUCAGUGUGGAAAGAGUUUCUCUUUUAAAAGUCACUUGAAGAUACACAUGAAGAUCCACGCAGUGGAGAAACCACAUCACCACUCUCUGAAAUGAAGUAGUUCAUUUUUAUGUGCUGAACAAAAAAAUCUUCUGUGUAAGUUAGCCACAGCCAAAUCUCUCCUCUCCAGCUAUAGUUGGCACCAUGGGUGACAAGUUUUAUUUAUUUAUUUUUUGCAGUUACAAAACGUCUUUUUGUACCUACAUCAGCAAAUUAUUCACAAAAAUUUUAAGCAAAGUUUAACCCUUUAACGACCCAGUGGUCCGCUGGCGGGACGAUAGAGUUUUAUAAUGUUAAACAAGCUGUUUUUUUAAAUGAGGAGUAUGCCAUCUAACAAAUCAUUUAUUAUGCUCGCAGUGCGUCGGUUAAAUGAAUUGGGAUAUUCAUUUAAUAAUAAAAGUGGCAUAAUAAUAAUAAUAAUUAACAGCCCUGUGCGCCCAUCUGCUAUACGCCACUGUGAAGGGAUAAAAGGUGUUCAGGCAUGGCAUCAAAGUGAUAACCUGUUUAAUCCAAAUCCACAUGCGUGGACUGUUCAAUAUUCAGUACUGCAAUGUCUGAGUCUCUCCAGUCACAUGAUGUUUCUCAUGUGUUUUCAGUCGGCGCUACUACAAAGAAACGUUUACUAGACUGUGGACUAGCUUUGCUCUCUGAACAGUGGCAGUCUGCAGCUGAAUUUUUGUGAUCACUGCAGCUGAAUUUUUGUGAUCACUGAAGCCCCGGGUAUACUUCGGUCAUCCGCGUUUGUGAAUUUGAUGUAUGUAAUUUUCAUCAUGCGGCUGGCGUGAGCAGUCUACAUGAGGCUGGCUGAAGGGAAGGAAAAUAUGUGGUAGAAAAAAGUGUACAAGCAAUAGGGAUAACCGCACCCUGGAGAGGAUUGUGAAACAAAACCCAUUCAAAAAUGUGGGGGAGAUUCACAAAGAGUGGACUGCAGC